GCAGCAAAGCUGUCGGCUCAGCUGCAGCACACACUCACACACACACACACACACACACACAAAGACACACACAAACACACACUACAUACACCUGACUAGCAGAGAGCAUGGACGCCGCUUAUAAAAGAAUCAACGGAAACCACACUCAGGAUGCGGAUACAGAGGACACUUGGAGGAGGCGGCGGGGCUCCAUGUACUUGGAGGAGGAGACCAGCAAGAAGUCGGAAGUGAUCUCCUGCAUCUUCUCCCUGAAGGAGGGCGUGGGGGCGCUGGCCAGGGCGCUGCGCCUCUUUGAGGAGAAGGGCAUCAACCUGAUGCACAUCGAGUCGCGCCCGUCCAGCGUCAGCAAGGAGCAAUACGAGUUCUUCAUCAGCGUGGACUCCACCUGCUCCCAGGCCCUGGAUGAGGUCAUCCAAGGCCUGCGCACGCAGAUCAGCGGCCACGUGCACGAGCUGUCACGCAACAAGCAGAAAGACACGGUGCCGUGGUUCCCAAAGGACAUCCAGGACUUGGACCGCUUCGCCAACCAGAUUCUCAGCUACGGCUCGGAGCUGGACGCGGAUCACCCCGGCUUCACAGACCCCUUGUACCGGGCCCGCAGGAAGGAGUUUGCGGACAUCGCCUACAACUACAGACACGGCCAACCCAUCCCGCGGGUGGAGUACACGGAGGACGAAAGGACCACCUGGGGCACCGUGUUCAAGGAGCUGAAGACCCUGUACCCGACUCACGCGUGCCGCGAGCACAACCGAGUCUUCCCCCUGCUGGAGGAGUACUGCGGCUACAGGCGGGACAACAUCCCGCAGCUGGAGGACGUGUCCCGCUUCCUGCAGUCCUGUACCGGUUUCCGACUUCGCCCGGUGGCCGGUCUGCUGUCCUCUCGGGAUUUCCUCGCCGGCCUCGCUUUCCGGGUCUUCCAUUCCACGCAGUACAUCCGCCACGGCUCCAAGCCCACAUACACACCUGAGCCGGAUAUUUGUCAUGAGCUCCUGGGACAUGUCCCCCUGUUUGCCGAUCCAGGUUUCGCCCAGUUCUCACAGGAGAUUGGUCUGGCUUCCCUCGGUGCGCCAGACGAAUACAUCGAGAAACUUGCUACGGUCUACUGGUUCACCGUGGAGUUUGGUCUGUGCAAGCAGGGCUCUGGCAUCAGAGCUUUUGGAGCAGGCUUGUUGUCCUCCUUUGGAGAGCUGCAGUACUGCCUGACCGACAAGCCCAGCCUGCAGCCCUUCGACCCGGAGAAGACCAGCGUCCAAAAGUACCCGAUCACAGAGUACCAGCCGGUCUACUUUGUAGCCGAAAGCUUUGACGACGCCAAAGAAAAAGUCAGGAAGUUCGCCGGCACUAUUCCCCGGCCCUUCUCGGUGCGCUACAACCCGUACACUCAGAGCGUGGAGGUUCUGGACAACACCCAGCAGCUCAGCAACCUGGCCGACAGCAUCAACAGUGAAAUGGGAAAAUUGUGCGAGGCCCUGCGGAAACUGGAGUGACUUUGCGACGGCGGCCCGAGGCUUAGUAUUCUUGCUCGCAUAUCAGCUUUUUGUAUGAUAACACUUAUGAUAACACAUGAUACCAGGAUAAAAUAAAGAAUAUUAGCUUUUUUUAAUUUAGUGAAUCAUUUGUAGCUGUUAAGAUGACAAACGUGUUAUUUUAUGAAGUACUCUCGUCGCAUAUUAAAGAUGAUUUUACAUAUAAUAAUCAUACUAGCCACUUUUGACCAUGUAUAUUUUAUUCAUCCUGGUCAGUUGGCAAAAUGCAUUAUUUUGUGUAUGAAAUAUAUUUGUGACACAAAUAAAGAAAAUAAUGCAG